GGGUAUCUGGUGAUCUUAAGAAAAAAUCCUUUGUUUACUACCUGGAUGACUUUUACCGACAUUUUUCAUAUGCGUACAGGCCAGAUCCUGCGGGAAAAAACUAUAUCCUUGAAAUAACUGAUGGUGAAACGCUUGUAAAAUGGAAUGACGAUGAAGUAAAGAAAUGUUGA